GGCCCGUGGGUGUGUGAUGGGUGCGUCCCGUCCCCGUCCUCUCUUCAUUGGGUAUUAUUGGACCUAACAGCCAAUUAUCUUACAUGUUCCUUGGUGCAGGCCUGUCCCGGAGGUCCCCCAGGUGACGGCAGCACACAAUACAAGGCCCGGCCAGAGGGAGUGAUGGGGCGGUGCUGAGACUCGCUCCCUGAGGUGGGUCUGGCUGCUAUUUCCGCUGCCUAUAAUAAGGGUAGAGUGUUGUGAGUGUUCCCCACCACCACCACCACCACUAGCAGCAUGAGGUCUCCUUCCUCUAGUGCAGGCAUCACCAAGGCCUGGGUGGAGUUCAUGCUGACAGACUAUGAGAGCAGGAAGAUUCCCUCCACCACCGUCACCGUCAACAAGUUCACCAUCAAGAAUGCCACCAAGCCCGGGGAAAGCUUUAAUGCAGAGCUUAUUCUGCUGGAUGUGAAGGCGGUGCUCGGCACUGACGGCCAGCCAGCUGAUGCAAGGCAGGACAAGGAGUAUCACUUGGUGGUGAAGUUCCUGACCAAAGACCCUCUAACAUGUGAGGUGAUCAAGCGGUGUGGCUACCACAUCAAGGAGCUCAAGAUGUACUCGGAGGUAGUGCGGGAACUCAAUGAUUUCCAGGCCACUCAUGCCAGUGACAAAUACAGACUCUUCCUCCCUGAGUUCAUCUACGGCAAGUGUACAGAGAAGGAGUACGUGCUGGUUAUGGAAAAUGUGAAGGUGUUGGGCUAUGAGACAAACCCUAAACAGGAAGGCCUCAGCUUCGAGCAUGCCAUGGUGGCUGUGGAUCAUGUGGCACGCCUCCAUGCCGUCUCCUACUCCUACGACAAGACGCACAACUUCCUGGAGAAGUUCCCCUGCUUCCAGUUUAGCACUGCUAUUAGCACCUUUUUCAAGCCAGUGGUGUGGGCCUCCCUGGCCAAUGUGAUCACCUUCCUCAAGAGCCAGAAGAUGUAUGAGGACAUGGUGAAAAAGCUAGAGACAGGACGCACCACGCUGCCCGUCAAGUUUGCUGCACUGUGGGACGAUCAGACCAGGCACCGCUUCCUGGCCCUCACUCAUGGCGACUUCUGGAACAGCAACCUGAUGUACCGGCACGAUGACGGUCACAACAUAGAGUCCCUCAAGCUGAUUGACUGGCAGAUUGCACAGUGGAACAACCCCGUGUUUGACCUCCACUAUCUGCUCAACACCUCCACCUCCUUCGAGAUGCGGAGGGACCAUGCGGAGGAGAUCCUGCGGCACUACCACACCACCUUCACCACCGCCACCAGCGCCAUGGGCACACCCGUCCCUAACUGGAACUACGAACAGUUCAAGGCAGAGUUUGAGCGGACAUCCCUGGUGGGGUUCCUGAUGGGGAUGUGCCUGAUCCAGGGCACGCUGAGCAAGGCUGGAGAGAACAUCAACCGGGGGGGCUCUGCCUGCUGCCCCUCCUCCUGCUGGCUGACGGACAAGAUCAAGUCGGGCUUUGCAAAAGUGGUGGUGUCCCUGGCCUUCAAACCAUCCUCCUCUUACAUCAUGCGCACCAGCAUCAAGAAAGUGCUGAGUCCCAUUGGCCAGGAGUUGGUGGAGGGCAGCAAUGAGUUGCUGAACAGCAGGCUACUGGACCUACUGUUGGAGGCCGAUGAGAAGGGUGUGCUGGAUGUGCUGAGUCUGUAGGAGGCACCGGCAGGUCAGGUGUGCCCAGUCGCCACAGGCAGCUCAGACCCGUACAGGCACUGCAGGUAGGUGAGGUCUUCACAGGUGCAAUAGGUAGGUGAUUUACAGUGUGGUGCCACAGGUAGAUCAGGUCUGUGGAGGCAAUACAUGUGAUCUUGGUCUGUCAGCACCACACACAGGUCAGGUUUUGAGGGUAAGUGAUAGGUAAUCCAGGUUCAUACACAUGGCAGGUCAGGUGUAUAGGUGUUGACAGAGGCAUCAUGACUAGAUUAUCUCCACAGACACCACAAACAUGUCAUGUUACAGAGGCAUCAUAGAUCAAGUUGACAGGGAUAGGUCAAGCUCACAGAGGCCCCACAGGUACCCCUGGCUAUUUCCCGCUGGCCUUGGCUUCCAGUGUGUCUGUCUGCCUAGGAUAAUUACACAAGUUCAAAUGAAGCUUCUUGGCAAGGAAAGAUGACUAUUUUUGUACGUAAACUCCAUCCUGUAGAUGUGUGAGAAGACAGUGGGUUGUGUAGAUCUUUUGUAAGGUGUCUUUGCUCUUUUAAUGUGUUCAUCUGCUUCUCAGGCUUUUAGCAGUGGCUUUCCCUCCCUGGCCUCUCUAAGUGAUAUUGAAAGAUAUCUUCUCUGGGGCAUAAUUAACUUUUGUGGUUUGAAAAGAAAGGUUUCAGUAUACUACAUAGAGAAUAUUUUUGCUAGGUGGCAUAAUGGAUGGUUUCAAGUUAUUUAGUAAAGUAUAAUUGAAGUGAUGAUGAUGACCAUAAUGUUGUAGUAUUAAUUGCAAUAGUAAUAACAACACUCACUGAAGUGCCUCAUUUGGGUUUUGUGAAGUAAUAUUUUUCUGCCUAGUGUAAGACAGUGUUGUGACCUGGAUCCUGUUACUGGGACCUGCUGCUCACAGCCACACACUGCACCUCACACACCCCAUUCAUACUCUCUGCUGUGUACUUUUUGUUAAAAUUUUACAUAUAUAUUUAGAUAAUUUGUUUUCAGUGGUAAUUAUUUUAUGUUGAGGUAGCGGUGUGGUGUGUUGUGAGCAGUGGGAGGCAUGUGCUAGUGUGCUGGCCUGGAGGGUAGUGGUGGUGGUGGUGGUGGUGGUGGUGGUGAAGGUGAUGGCCCUACCAGCCAGUACCUUCACCAUUGCUUUGAUUUUUAAAAAUUGUUGUGUUCUAAUUACCAAAGGAAUGCCAGUUGACUAAUUGGGAAUUAUAUAAUAUUACUAGAUUUUGAGAAUGUGAAUUUUAGGUAAUUUUAUAUAUAUGAGUACAUGCAGAGAACUGGCACAUUCAGAGUGGGCCAGUGAGUGAUGAGUAUGUCAGCAUGGCCACUCCUCACCCUGGGUCAUGGUGAGUUUUGGCACAGACUGGCCGGCCCUGGGAGAGGGCAAGGUGGUGGAUGCAUUCCUAUGUAAUAUUUUCACAAUCUUCCUUUAACUGCUGCUGACGCUGCCACCGUGCCACAGUGACCUCAGUGUGCAGCGGUGACUCCUAGACUGAUGAUUCAUAGUGUUUUAUGCAAUAUUCCCUGUAGUGAGGGAGGCCUCUUUUAGGUAUCAUGGGAUAUUAACUUUUACUGUGUGUAUGUGAGAGUGUGUGUGUGUGUGUGCUCGUGUGUGUGCAUGUGUUACUCACCAGAAAAUGAGAAGGUUGAGUUAUCUUACAGUUGGAGUGUCACUUGCCUUCUUCACAUUUGUGGAAAGUAGCUAGAGCAUCUACACAGAGACUUCCAGAGCAUUGCAUAAUGAAGAGAAAAAUGAAACCAAACUAUUCUACUUAAUAAUUUUUACUCCUGUGGCAAUUACCUGUUUGUAACCAUGAUUGGAAAUGCAAUGCCUGUCAAGGUGGUAGCUGCUGUGCAUGUCACCCAGCCUGAGGUGCUGACUCUUGCUGCACACCUUUCCUACGUUGUCUGGAUCGAAGUGGUGACACUUGCAUGUUUCACUAACUUGGGUUGCUUCCUUGCUACAAAUUAACUUGUGAUGAAAGCACAACAAUGCACAGUGAACAGCACAGCUUGGCACUGUACAGCACAGCAGCACCACACCUCUGCUGGAGGCUGGUGUAUGUGUUUAUGUGUCACACAAAUGUUCUCAGAUGCCUUCUUCAGAUGUUUGUUGCUAAGAUAUUUUCCUGGUGUCAUAAGUAUGUCUGUCUUAGCUUUAUAUGUUUGUUGGAUUAGCUGUUCUCUUAAGCCAAAGGCACAAAGCUUAACUGAAGCACAAAGCAAAGUUUUAAAUGUCUAAGCACUGCAUUUUUCAAAUAAUCUAUUUUCCUAACUAACAUAAGGGUAGUAAUAUUCUUAUAGGCAAACUUGUAGUUUUCAUUCUUGUGACAUGCUAUUCAUGUGAUGCAUUUUGGGUCAAGCUUUACUAAGCAGCCUCCUGGUGAGUGUUGUCAUGCCUGUCAGUCAUGUCAUGUCAUUGAGUCAUGCCACUAACCCUUUGGAGAGUGUCAUUUCCUUGUCCAAUCUCCACUAUUGUUUGAGCCUCCUUAUCUUGCUUACUGUUAUUUUUUGCGUUAUGUGUUGAGUGUUAAGUGUGUGAGUGAGUGUGUGUGUGUGUGUGUGUGUGUGUGUGUGUGUGUGUGUGUGUGUGUGUGUGUGUGUGUGUGUGUGUGUGUGUGUGUGUGUGUGUGUGUGUACAGUAUAUAGAUAGACUGGUGCUGGGAUGGCGUGAGGUGGAUAUGGUGCCAAGUGCAUGUUGUGAGGAAGCAGUGUGAGGCAGUGGAGUAAACUGGCCCAGGCUGAACCAUGACAGUGUUGAGGACCUUGGGUGGUGGUUGGUGAGUGUCUGGGUAUCAUGCAGGGUGUUGGAAUAGUAGUAGUAAUGUGAAGAACAUGGUGUGUGUGUGUGUGUGUGUGUGUGUGUGUGUGUGUGUGUGUGUGUGUGUGUGUGUGUGUGUGUGUGUGUGUGUUGGUGUCCACAGACUAGUGAAGGAAGAGUAAUCACCAGUGCCUUAGUGAGGGUUGCUUGCACGUAUAUUUAUGUAUGAACAAGUUGAAUCUAUGAUAUAUAUUCUAUGUGUUGUUAGAAAAAUAGAGUAUUUAAUAUAUUUGUAUAAUUUAUAGUUUACACUGUCAGAAGGGCGUCAAAUGUGUGUGUGUGUGUGUGUGUGUGUGUGUGUGUGUGUGUGUGUGUGUGUGUGUGUGUGUGUGUGUGUGUGUGUGUGUGUGUGUGUGUGUGUUUUAAUGCAGAUGGGUGAGGAUGUAUGUGUGUGGAUGAAGGAAGCACAGUAAUAUAUGAAGAAUAAUUUUAUGAUUUUGUACCAUUUUAAAGACUUCUUGUUUGAUUAAUGUACUGAAUUGAUCUGUUAUCUCUGCCAGCGAGGCGUGUAGGAUAGACGGGAAGGAAGGCAUGAUGAGUGUGUCUGUUUGUCUGCCUGGUGGAUGUGAGUUACUAUGUUCAUUUGUCUUGUCUGAUCAAUGUUUUAUUUAUCGUCUGAGUCAUUGUAAUGGUGAGAUAAGAUGUUACAGUGUUAAUUAAUAGGGAUAUAAAGAAAAAUGUGUUCUUGUGGCUUGAGUAACUAUUAUUAUUAUUAUUAUUAUUAUUAUUAUUAUUAUUAUUAUUAUUAUUAUUAUUGUUAUUAUUAUUGGUGUUGAUGUUACUGCCAUUAUUGCCAAUGUGUUACCUAUUGUUUUGUGUUGAGUGAGACAGGACAGGUACAGACAGAGCAACACUUCCAUGUGCAGAGUUAAUGCAACUCAGGAAGGUGGUUAGUGUGUGUGUGUGUGUGUGUGUUGAGGGAAUGACUUGAAGUAAAGUAUUAGCAGUGUAUAAAGCACAUAACAGUUUUGCAACUCUACAUAUUCAGCUCAGGAUUUUAAGAGAGAGAGAGAGAGAGAGAGAGUGUAGUGGUAAAAGCUGUUGUUACGUGUAGCUCAAGAAUAAAAAGAGAUAUACAGAUAGAGAAAUGUAUUGAUAUUAUGUAUAGAAAGCUUAACAAGAAUGAAUAAGUGAGUGAAUGUUGAUAGAUUCUUGAUUGCUUUUGUGUGUGUUUGGGUUUUAAGGAAUGAUUAAUGAGACAGUUUGCAUUAUGGUGUGUGUGUGUGUGUGUGUGUGUGUGUGUGUGUGUGUGUGUGUGUGUGUGUGUGUGUGUGUGUGUGUGUUAAGACAGGUCUAUUCAGUUUUUUCUUCAUCUGAUGAUGAUUUUUCAUGCUGUUUUACCUGCAUUUUAUAUUUUUAUAGUCUUUUAAUGAGUGUGUGUGUGUGUGUGUGUGUGUGUGGGUGUGGGUGUCCCAAAUCCUAUAGUUAGUGCUAAUUAAGUUGCCCCUUUUCUUCCAUCCUAUGAAAAAAAAGUAUAAUUUGAAUUCUUGGCUUGUCAUUGUUUUAAGGAAAAGAUAACUAUGAAUUAAAAGUAAAAAAAAAAAAAGAAUCAGUUUCAUAGCAGUAAGUUUGUGAAUUGUGGAGAGAGAGAGUGAGAGAGGUGUAUGUGGUAAUGAUGAAGUGAUGAGCAUUAUUUUUUGUCAGUAAUGGAGAAUUGACAAAAGAGUGAAGGUGUCUGCCUUCGCUGUGCAAGUGGUAAUAAUAAAUGUGACUGUUGUA